AGACUCGGUGGCUUGGCCUCCCCAGCUGAUCAGAAAACCCGCACAGCCUCAGCUCAGCAGUAUGACUUCCUGCACCACCCCUUCUUACCCUCUGGGCAGCAUCAGGUGCCUUGGAGCCAGGAAUGUGCCUCCCUCCUGCUCAGAUGUCGGGGUCCAUUAUGGGCCAGAGGGUGACACUGCCCCACUGUGCCUCUCGGCCACCGUGGCCCAUGCCAACCGUGUCCGUGUGGGCUCCACACCCCUGGGCCGACCCAGCCUCUGUCUGCCGCAGAGCUGCCGCACGGCCUGUGCCUUGCCAGGGACCUGCCACAUUCCUGGCAACGUGGGGAUCUGUGGGGCCUAUGGUGAGGUGACCCUGAAUGGCCACGAGAAGGAGACCAUGCAGUUCCUGAAUGACCGCUUGGCCAACUACCUAGAGAAGGUGCGUCAGCUGGAGCGGGAGAACGCGGAGUUGGAGACCACCAUCAGGGAGACGAGCAAGUGCCAUGAGACCAGUGUGUGCCCGGACUACCAGUCAUACUUCCGGACCAUUGAGGAGCUGCAGCAGAAGAUCCUGUGCACCAAGGCUGAGAAUGCCAGGAUAGUUAUCCAGAUUGACAAUGCCAAGCUGGCUGCUGAUGACUUCCGUAUCAAGCAUGAGAGUGAGCGCUCCCUGCGCCAGCUGGUGGAGGCAGACAUGUGUGGGAUGCACAAGCUCAUGGAUGACCUGAGCCUGGCCAAGGCUGACCUGGAAGCCCAGCAGGAGUCCCUGAAGGAGGAGCAGCUCAGCCUCAAGACCAACCAUGAGCAGGAAGUGAACACGCUGCGGUGUCAGCUUGGGGACAAGCUCCGCAUUGAGCUGGACACUCAGCCCACCAUAGACCUGAGCAGGGUGCUGGAGGAGAUGCGGUGUCAGUACGAGGCCAUGGUGGAGACCAACCGGCAGGAUGUGGAGCAGUGGUUCCAAGCGCAGUCGGAAGGCAUCAACCUGCAGGCCAUGUCAUGCUCUGAGGAGCUGCAGUGCUGCCAGUCGGAGAUCCUGGAGCUGAGGUGCAAGGUGAACGCCCUGGAGGUGGAGCGUGAAGCCCAGCACAACCUGAAGGACUGCCUGCAGAACUCCCUGUGCGAGGCCGAGGCCCGCUUUGGCACGGAGCUGGCCCAGAUGCAGAUCCUCAUUAGCAACGUGGAGGAGCAGCUGUCUGAGAUCCGGGCUGACCUGGAGCGGCAGAACCAGGAGUACCAGGUGCUGCUGGAUGUCAAGGCCCGGCUGGAGUCGGAGAUCAAUACCUACCGGAGACUUCUGGAGAGCGAGGACUGCAAACUCCCCUGCAAUCCAUGCUCCACCCCUCCCACCUACGUGGCUCCUGCCUCCACCCCUCGUCCAAGCUGUAUCCCCCGUGUCCCCUGUGGGUCUGGCUCCGUCUGUGGAGUCAGCACCAGCGGCAGAUUCUGA